GCAGGGUGCAGUAGCUCGCAGGAAGAGAGAGAGAGAGAGGAGGGGGAGGGUGCAUGCUGGCUGAUAACACUCGACCACAAAUGGUUGAGCGAGGCUGCUAGAGUGAGGGAGCAACGGGAGCAAAGACGGGCAGAAAGAGUAAGGAGAGGAGAAGAGAGGAGAGGUAGGAAGCGAGAGAGGAAAAAAAGAGAGGAUGAGUGGGAGGCAUCUGCCUCUCUGGUAGUAUUGCCAAAGCAACGUACGAGAAGAGGUAGCUCGGGUCUAUGGACGUAUUGUUGCUGCAGCCAAGAGAUCUUCUGCGGCUGUUUACUUCGGAGCGGGGACGGAUGGAUGCUCAAGCACAUGAAUGUCGGAGUUGAAUUGAACCACUCUUUGUUUCCUCACAGCCGGUGCUUUCAGAGACACAAGAGAGCAGGAUGUGGUAUUGCAUGCGUCGGUUUGCUGGUAUGACAGGGGCUUUCAGGUGAGCAGAACUUGAAACCAACCUGUAAGCUGACUCCAUGACCCCAGCACACACCUAAAUAUGUGUGUGUGUUUCAGAGAUGGUUACAUACUCUGUAUGAGUUUUAGCAUGUUCAGCUGCAAAUGACCAGGUGCAUAUACUCUAUGGUCUGUUUGUGACACCGGCGUCAGAGCACACACAAUCGCGUCAGGAGGAAGUGACAAGUCUCGCUCUCGGAUUUCCUGGUCCCCUCUCUGGUGGCACGCAAAGCACCGAGUUCACCUGUCUCGCCCUCACAGGCGAGACCUAAACUCUCCUGGAUGCAUCAGCAGAGGAGCACUGACUUGUUCUGGAUGUGUAGAGGACAGUUGGAAGCGGGUGGACUCUGAUCGUGGCUGAGUGUCACAUCACUGCUGUGCUUUUCGAGAUCAAAAAGGACUUCCUCAAGCAGUCAACGUGCUGUACCGGUGCCGGGGGCCAUCUCUGGACCUCUCCAUGACUGUCAAUGCAGUGCUGACCCCCUCAAUGACCAGCAGUAACAGCAUGAGCAGCGGGUACUGCAGCCUGGAUGACGAGAGUGAAGACUUCUCUUUCUUCACAGCCAAGACCUCGUUCUUCCGCAAGCCCAAUCAGGCACCUAAGAAGGAAGCAAAGGAGGAAGAGACGAGAGGAACAAAGGACCUAUCAGAAGAGGAGGUGUCGAAAAGGAUAGAGGAGUAUAAUGCUCAAGUCUCUGAAAAUGGCAUGAAUCUGGCUUCAGACGGAUCCUACACAGGCUUCAUUAAGGUCAACCUGAGGCUCAGUCGGCCGGUCACAGUCCCCGCUGUAGAGGCGGGGGACUCGGAGGGGGCGUCCAGGCAGGCGGGGGGCCGCACUCAACCGUCAGAGGGCCAGGAUGUGUCGGACUGUGGGCAGAGCGAAAAGAGAACAUCCUUCUACCUACCGAGCGACUGUGUGAAGCAGAUCCACAUCUGCUCUCUGACCACCGUCAGCGAGGUCAUCCAGGGCCUGCUGAAGAAGUUCAUGGUGCUGGAUAAUCCCCGCAAGUUUGCGCUGUACAGGCAGACGCACCGCGACGGACAGGAUCUGCUCCAGAAGCUUCCUCUGUGUGACCGUCCUCUUCUCCUGAGGCUGAUAACAGGACCCGACCCAGAGCAGCUCAGCUUUGUCCUUAAAGAAAAUGAGACUGGAGAGGUGGAGUGGUAUGCGUUCUCUGUCCCUGAGCUUCAAAACUUCCUGGUGAUCCUGGGGAACGAGGAGGCGGAGCGCGCCCGGGCAGUGGAGCAAAAAUACACCGCUUACCGACAGAAACUACAACGAGCCCUACAACAACAUGACCCCUGACCCCUUCACCUGCUACCUUACGACCUCAACCCAGGGAGAGACUGACCCUCUGAACGCUGACCCCCCUCCCCCCCCUCAAGACCCCUGAUCUAUUCCAGACUGGAGCCGGAGCUGAACUUGUCCUCACCCUCCAACCCAUGCACCCAAACAUACAGUACAUCCACAAACUGAUGCAUACCCUUUCUCAGGACGCAUUCAAGCCCCCCCACCACCCACACAUCCCCUCCCUGAGGAGAGCAUCAUGGGUGGAAAGCAAAGUGCAAGGCAACAGGUUGUGUGGUCCAUUUUCUGAUUGGACAAGCAGUGUUGCCAAGGACACACACACACACAGAAAGAUCCCAUCAACUCAACAUCUAAAACUCUAGCUUGAGACCUCAUUUGGGGCGUAUUAUGAAUCAGUGGUGUUUUUAAAAGGUUCCCUCUUGUUCUGCUGCUGCUGCUGCUGCUUCUGCAAGUGUUACUUAUGCAUGAGUCUCUCUCAGCUCAUCCCCCUGCACACAGAAGGCAUGUUUCUUUUGAUGGAAGGACAAUCAUACUGUGUCUUCUUUUUAUUUAAUUGGAAUUGAUGUAUAGGGUUAUCAUCAGGUGUAUAUUUUUGUGCUGGAGUACAAGACGUGUGAGGGAGUUGUUUGGUAUAAGAGUUUGGAUGCGAGAACAAGAAGGAAUAGAAAGUUCUAAGAAGGCGAGAUCAUUCUUUGAUUUUUCUCAGGGAGCAUGCGUUGAGCAAAGAGAAAACCUUAAGACGGAAAGAAACAGAAUUCAACCCUAUAACACACUUUAUCCCACUGUGUCCAAAUCUCAUUAUUAAAAUGAUCUUUGAUCAGUUUAUUUUUACUUCUUAAACAGAAUCAGAAAUUAAUCCAACCUAGUUAGCAAUCCCUUCCUCAUGCACAAGCCCACAACCCCUGCAUGAACGCUGAGCGAGGAAAUCCACAAACCGUUACAGAUUUGACACUUUAUUGUAAAAGUGAUUUUACACUGUUCAUUUAUGGGUUGCAUUUGAAUGAGAGAGGAUUUAUUUUACACCAAAGUUUAGAGGGACAUAUCCAUCGAGAGGAUGUUAAAGGGAAGAGAGACAUUCAGAAUUGUAUUUAAUUUAAAGGUGGUGUAUGUAAAAAGAUUAAACCAGCUUCUGUUUUUGCACAUUUAGAUGCAGUCACUGAAGAGCUCAUGACUCUAGGGCUGGGCAUGCAUUUCUGCUUCUCUUUUCUUUUCACCCCCCUAACAUCUACUCAAAAAAGGAAACACAAAAUAAGUAGAGUUCAAGAUAAAGGCUAUGAUGUACCAAUGACGUGUUUGCAAUGCAUAUGUAUAAUGUAGACACUGGAAAAAGAGUGACAAGGUUUAACUUUGUUGUUAUUACGGUGAAUAUUGAUAUUCUUUUGGUAUCAUUCCUACUGGUGUGUGUGUGUGUGUGUGUGUGUGUGUAUGUGUGUGUGUGUGUGUGUGUGUGUGUGUGUGUGUGUGUGUGUGUGUGUGUGUGUGUGUGUGUGUGUGUGUGUGUGUGUGUGUGUGUGUGUGUGUGUGUGUGUGUGUGUGUGUGUGUGUGUGUGUGUGUGUUCAUCUUGGGCAGUGAGGAUAAUGUGAAUUAUGUCUUAUAAUGAGUGUCUUUGUGUCACCAUUGCUUCCUCGUUGGGCCUCACUUAUCAAGUGCACAUGUGAUGUAAAAAUGAUACAAAUAUUUGGCGUGCUUGUAUCAUAAAUUGAAUACAUUAAACCAAAGCUUAUUUACUAUAAACAUUUCCAAGACAAACAUUUUUGUUAUUUAAUACCAUAAAAUCAUUGAUAAAUGAGGCCCGUUGUCCAUAAGCACAUGUUUCUCAGUAGACCUGUCUUUUUUCUUUUUUAACGCCGCCACCCAAAGCCCAAGCUGUUCCUGCUGGCAGUGCCUUUUGUUUCACGUGCCCCCUGUGGAUAAGGUAAGGUGUGUUUCAGCACACAGGUGCCUGAGUGUUUGUGUGGGUGCUUUUGCAUGUGUGCAAAUCUGUUUCUUGGGCGGUGUAUCGCAUUUAUUUUCUUUCCCUUCCCUUAACACAUUUGUCUUUCCAACCAAAACCCUCUGUGUGGCGCGAGUUAUUUAUUUCAUGGUCCACCUCAUCCAUAUGAUAUUGUGUCAAGGGAUGUUGAGACUUAAUGCUUUUUUUGCAAUUUAUUUUUGUUUUAUUUGAAGAAGUGUGUUUAAAUAUAGCAGUAGAACUGUACAGAAUAUCACAAUGAAAUAAAAAGGUCAUCCCUUUAUUGAAAUGUUCUCAUAUCCUAA